UAUUGCUGGUUGGCUGGUGUAAAAUAAAAUGAGUUAAGCUGUGGCAUCCCAUCCCAUGCCCUGUCUCGUCCUCGGCAUGGUAUAUUUCCUACUCUCGUACCGUGGUUUCAAGUACUUUCAACCUCUCUCUGAAUCUGCCUGAUAGAUAAAAUUCCUUUAUAAUCAUUUCUACCUUUUACGUUACACAUUACAUGCACAAAAAGCUAUAUCAUCAUCAUCUCCUUCCUCCUCCUCCGCCUAUCCAUCCUCUGGCAGGGUUCGUUAUACUGGACAAUUCUCAACCCUUUCCUUUAUUCCCACUUAAAGUAAAAUAUAUAAAUCAGUGUGUGUGGAUGUGUGUGUAAGUGUGUACAAAAUUGGGAAAAAUGUAGUUUGCGAAAAAUCAUUAGGGAAAAAAGUGUUCAUAAAAUAGUAAAAUUAGAUGCAGUUAUUUAUUAGGCUAAAUUUAUUGGGAUUGGAUUUUUACUACUUUUAACAGAGCGUGACAAAGUAAAAUAAAAGAGAGGAAAAUCCUUGUGGAAGUAAAGUUAUGGCGAAAAUUGCAUAGUGCAAAUAUAGUGACGCUAUAAAUAACAGGGCAAACAAAGCAAUAAUUUUGACAAAAUUGCGCUAGUUGUGUUCCUAUUGUGAAAAUAUGCAAAAAUUGUAAUAAUAAUUUGUAGUUUUUUUUAGGUGUAAGGUGACAAGUUUUAAUAAAAAUAGUAAUAAGUUAAUUAGUCUUGUUUGCCUUUCCUUAAAAUUGUAGACUAAUGUGGAAAAUAAUGCAAUUUGUUAGUGAGAAAAAUACGAAAUAAAAAUUCAAUUAGUUGAUUAGGAGAGCUUUUUGCUAGAAAAAAUUGUGAUUUCCAAGUUAAAAAAGAAAAGUUAAAGUUAAAUCUUACAGUUACAAUUAGUAAGGAAUUUUAGAAUUUAGAGUGAUAUUUAUUAAGAAAAAAAUUUCUAUUUGUGCUUUCUCCCUCCCGUUUUUUUUGCUGCCGUGCUUUCUCCACUUUCUUUUCGAGUCAUGACAUAAUUAAUUAUUUAAGUGAAUCACCUGGUUUCCUUUUUUCCUAUUGUAUGUAUUCUAUUAUUAUCCUUGAGGUAGACCAGUGCAGUUGUAGGAAGAAAAGUUGCGAUAAGUAAAAGUGCGUCGUGAUAGAAGAAAAAAAUACAUAGAAAGCAAGAAGCCGUACGAGGUUAAUAAGUAAAGUAAAGUAAAUAAAUCUGCAAUGGUACGAGUAAUAAGAAAAUAAUUGUAAACGUGUAAAAGUACACAAUUUUUUUGCGAGUUACAAAAGUGAAUUUGUCAUCACUUUUACUACGGAUUCUGUUCUGUAAAGAAGAAGAAAAUAACAAGCCAAAAAAUGCCUAUUUAUUCAGAAGUCGAAAAUGCUCUCAAACUGCUUGACGAUGUCCAAAAACGAAUGAGCGGGGGUCGCCUAGAGUCCACCGACCCACGACAGCUCACACAGGUCAAUAAUGACCUCAACACGUUACUAUCCGUCCUGAGCGACCCCAUGUUUCAACGACUAUGCAAAAUUCAAGAUUCCGUAAACGAAUUGGGCUCCCAUUUGAUAAAACAUCCAUCCAUAACUCCCAACGAUUUCGAAGUGUCCACCGAAGGGAAGCUUAUCCUUAAAAUUUCUCCUCCAGUGGACAAAUUUAGACCAACUUUUGACAAGACACCAAUUGAGCUCAAUUUAAAAAAGAAGCCGAUUCCGACUGCCAAGGCGGCCUCAAGUCCACCAAUUUCGUCCACAGUUUCGUCCAAAUCGGUCGAAGAAGACGAAAUUCUUACUGCGAUCGCACCAUCACCACCAUUGCCAAGAUAUAUAGAAGAUUAUGACCGCGUCAUUGCCGAGGUCGCGGGAGGGAGACAAGUUCAUAGGAUAAAGUUAAAUAAACCGGAAGGAACUUCCCUAGGAUUUAGCGUCGUUGGCCUAAAGUCACAAGAAAAGGGAGAAUUGGGGAUUUUUGUGCAGGAAAUUCAGCCCACGGGACUCGUUGCAAAAGAUGGAAGACUGGCGGAAGGCGACCAAAUUUUGGCGAUUGAUGGGCAACCACUGGACUCAGCAAUUACACACCAACAAGCGAUUGGGAUUCUACAGCAAGCCAGGGGAGAAGUUGAGAUCGUUGUAGCCAGAACUUCAGAUUCACUCCUUACAACUGCUGACCCUCUUCUUCUUGGAGAUAUCCUUGGGGCGGGACAGCAACCCCCCUUCUUGGGCGGGGAGCGUCCCUCCUCUCCUCCUCCCACUGACGACUCUACCAAAGGCACCGACAUGGUGUUGAACACGGAAUGGGCACAAGUCGAAGUAAUCGAGCUAAUCAAUGACGGCACUGGCCUUGGUUUCGGAAUUAUCGGGGGCCGUUCGACCGGCGUCGUGGUGAAGACGAUCCUUCCCGGAGGGGUGGCCGAUCGCGAUGGCCGACUCCAAAGUGGUGACCACAUCCUCCAAAUCGGUGAGGUCAACUUGCUCGGCAUGGGGUCAGAACAGGUCGCCGCAGUCCUGCGACAAUGCGGGUCCUGCGUCCGGCUCGUCGUCGCCCGCCCGAUCGAACCCACGUCACCGGAUGCGUUCACUUCAUCCGCGCCGAUCGUGCCGACACGAAUUUUAGGUGAUCCGGAAGAACUGGAGCGUCAUCUUUUACAAGCGAACGGAUAUGGGAACCAUUUGGAAGGAGGGUCCUUGGCGGGGUCGGAAUCUGGCCAAUUUAAGGGCACAAUUGGAGACGAUUUGCUCGGAAUGGCGGCUUCCAGUACGUUCGACUCCUUGCCGGAAGUGGAAUUGGUGGAAGUAGAGUUGAAAAAGGAUUCACACGGGUUGGGCAUAACUAUCGCGGGUUACGUGUGCGAAAAAGAAGAACUUUCGGGAAUAUUUGUCAAAAGUAUUAGCGAAGGAAGUGCGGCUGAUGUGUCGGGAAAGAUUUCAAUUAAUGAUCGCAUCGUUGAGGUCGACGGCCAAUCUCUGCAAGGUUUCACGAAUCACCAAGCGGUCGAAGUACUCCGAAAAACCGGUCCCGUCGUCAUCCUCAAGUUGGAAAGGUAUCAUCACGGCUCGAAAUAUGAACAGUUACAAUCGGCGAUAAGUCACUCGGAGCACAAGCCACCAACACCUUCAUCCGUCUCGGCUUUGUCUUUACCUCAAGUUCCGGUCGACUCUGACGGCGAGGGCGAAGACAUUCUCGCCUCUGGUGGUGGAAUUGGUGAAGAGGACGAAGACGACGAGGAGGAGGAUGACGAAGAAGAUGACGACUUAAUGGGAAGUGGAGGGCCAUCUGGGAUAAAUAAUGAUAAGAGAAAUGUCGACAUGGAUCUGGAAGAUCUGGAAAUGUUGAUUGACACCAAGUACGAUGGCGAAAUCUACCCAACCGUUGAAGCUGCAGUGAUAGCGAAGUGGUCUAAAAUUGUGGGCCCCACCGCAGAAAUUGUUGUAUCGCAGUUAUCAAAGGCAAAAGAAGGCGGAGGUCUUGGGAUCUCUCUCGAGGGUACCGUAGACGUCGAAGAUGGCCGCGAGGUCCGACCUCAUCAUUAUAUUAGAUCCAUCCUUCAAGACGGUCCGGUCGGACGUGCUGGAAAACUGCUAGGUGGCGACGAACUCUUAGAAGUCAACGGGCGUCGUCUCCUCGGACUCAAUCAUGUCGAAGUUGUCUCCAUUUUGAAAGAUUUGCCCAUUUCGGUCCGAAUUGUAUGUGCUCGAAGACCUGGCGCGCCCCCGCCGGGGAGACCGAUCGACACGGCGCAGGAUAGAAACGCGUUUGCAGCAAGAAACAUUUUGGGCGGCUCACUCCAAAACCUGUUUCAAGGAAAUGACCGCCUCGUCAAAGCCAAAUCGGACGGUUCGCUCGCCUCCACCGGAACCACUGGUGCUGGCACGGGUGGCACCGGACCGGGAGAAACGCCGGGUGGAAGUAGUCUUUCAAAACUCAAGUCCCGGAGUCUCGAACCUUUGACGGGUUUGGCCAUGUGGUCCUCCAUCCCCACUGUGAUCGAAUUACCCAAAGGCGACAGAGGCCUGGGCUUCUCUAUCCUCGACUAUCAAGACCCCAUGAACCCGAAUGAGACGCUCAUCGUGAUCCGAUCCCUCGUCCCAGGCGGGGUCGCUCAACAAGACGGUCGCCUCAUCCCGGGCGACAGAUUACUCGCCGUUAAUUCGACCAAUCUAGAAAACGCGACGCUAGACCAAGCCGUGCAAGCGCUGAAAGGCGCGCCACGCGGUAUGGUACGAAUCGCGGUGGCGAAACCGCUCCCACUUCCGGAUUCGAUGACGACAAUUUCAUCUACGCAGAGUCAGGACGUUUCGCCACCUCCGCUUCCAAUAAGUCCUCCGCCACCCGGAUUCGGACCAGAUUUACUGCUCUCGUCGGCCCUUUCGUCACCGAGAACGCCUGUCCUUCUAGACAGUGCUGACCACACGAUUGACACGUACAUCCCACCCGGCGUGCCGCCACCUCCGCCGAGAAAUAUGAACGAGAUUGACAUGUCGAAUGAGAAUGAAGUAACUCCAAUAAUUCCCAUCUCGGCGACUGAACGUCUCAUCACGUGUUCCGCUCCGACGUAUGGACGCCCCUCAGCCUCAGUGUCCGUCUUCUCGGCGGGUGACCAUCACACGUCGACGUCGACCCUACCGACGCAUCAACCUUACGAUGGCGUGUCGGUGGGUCGAGGAUCAACUUCUGGUUCACCCGCCGCCCUCCCCGUCGCGUUGGAACGGACGACGAAAAUCAAGAAGGCGGAGGAACCCUUGGGGAUAAAUGUGGAGUUGGUGGAUGACGGCGUCAAUGGGGUGAUGGUGACCUCUGUCGCGGUCGGGGGACCGUUCCACCGAGACGGGCGGAUUCAAGCGGGUGACUACUUGGUCACGGUGAAUAAUGAGGGAUUAAGAAACGUGACGAAUGCUCAGGCCAGAGCGAUACUCAGGAGGGCGCAGUUAUUUUCGAAAGAUUUGAGCGUGUCUUACAUCCCCGCCGCCGACGCAGAAGUUUACCGUGACACGGUGCGCAUCCAAUCGCUCGCGAUGACCUCCUCCUCCCCAAUUCCGACCUCUUCCGCGACCACGUCUGAUCCCGCGAUCGCCACGUCGGACCCCACCCCGUCAAACUCUGCCCACACGACGACCACCUCGUCCUCCAUCUCCUCGGAAGAACAAGCGCUCGUGGAAAGAUCCGAGCUCCAGGUGGACCUCGUCAAUUUAACGAAACCUCGAACCCCCGCCGACGGUCAGGAAUCUCUCACCUCUCGAGGAACCGCCAUCAUCACGAGAAAAGUGUCCCCAGUCCCACCACCGUCAUCCUCAUCCACCUCAGUGUUCAUUGGAGGGGACAUUUUACCUCCGGCGACGCAACCCACCGUACAAAAACGGGUCGUCACCCAUGUCACAAUUUUCCCCUCGCCACCCCCACCGCCCGAUCUCGUACAAGUUGUACGAGCCGCCCCCCCGAAACCAUCGCCCAGUUCGGAACACUUGUCCGAGAUUGAGGAACAAUCAGUCUCCGUGUCGGCAUCGAUAUCGGAUAACAACAUCCUUCAAGAUAAGCCUGUACCUACGCCGAAACCGAAAACGCCGCCGAAAAGGGGACUCACCCCGUCGAGUUCGGUCGAGAAUACGGCGAGUGUUUCGGGAGAGGCGGUAAUUUCCAAGGAGAAGGAUGCUUCUUCAGAAGAAGCGUUACUGUCGGGGUCGGGUUCAAGAUCGGCGUCGACGUCGAAGGGGGCGAGUGGGACGGGAGGUACUGGUACUGGUUCGGGGGAUGAGGGUGCGGCUCUCCUCUUGGCGAAGCAUUGGGGUCCUGAAAGACUGGUCGAGGUGCAGCGAGAGGCUGGGAAAUCGUUAGGAAUUAGUAUCGUUGGUGGAAAGGUCGACCUAUAUAACGCCGGGCAGGACAGUGGAUCCGCUAUUUCGGGGAUUUUCAUUAAAAACGUGCUCCCAAACAGUCCUGCAGGAAGAACGGGACAGUUAAAGACUGGAGACAGAAUCUUAGCCGUAGACGAUGUCGAUCUGAGAUCAGCAAGUCACGAAAAAGCCGUCGAUGUCAUUCGAGCUGCUGGAAAUCCGGUUCGCUUCCUCGUCCAGAGUUUGGUGCAGUGGGCGGACGGCCGUGGUCAAAUCGGUAUCGGAGUAACCAUCGCAAACCACGAGGAUUCCGAAGCGUCGGAACGAUCUGAGGGGACCGAGACGAAAUCCGUGUCGCAAAACGUGCCCUCUCAAUCUCAAGAAGAAUCGGGUGGUUCAACGACCGGCACAGCGACGACGACAUCCACGGGAUCGCGAUCCUACACGACGACCUCCGCGACAACCUCGUCGACCGGGAAAUCCUCCGCUACUACGACGAACGGUGGCGAUAAUACGCAACGCCGCCGGAGCGGGAUUCCUCCCGGAGGCGAGUCCGUGUCUGAGGCUUCCGCAGAAAGUCAGAUUGGUCGAGACGAUGACGACGACGGGGACGAAGGUGACCAUGAACUUGACGUUUUUGACGAUGUCGUCGAAGGCAGCGUCGUUAAGGUGCAAGUUACGGCCCCACAACAGGUGACAAGUUCCCCACCACCACCACCGCCGCCACUAAUUCAGCCCGGUCUCAGCGAUGAGGACAAAAAGCAGAACAACAAAGAACAACAACAGCAACAAACCGAAAUGCAGCCAAGUGUCGAACCAAGUGUGGAAAGUUCAGUUCCAAAACAAAAAUCUGAAUCUGACCAGGAGAGUGACCACUCUUCCGAGGAAGAGGACGAGCUCGGGGACGGGAGACAGUUACAGGGGAAGACGAGAACCAAACGGGGAAUUGAGAUUGACCGUGCAAGUGCUGGAAAUGUGAAACGGUCCAAGAGUGGAGAUGUCUCAGAUUCCGAGACAGAAGAUGAAUUCGGUUAUACGACGAAAAAAGUUGAGAAACGUUGGGGCGAAGUUAGUCGCGGGGGGAGAAUUAUCAUUGCCGACUUGGAACGUAGUGACGUCGGCUUGGGCAUCAGUUUGGCCGGACAUCGUGAUAGGAUGAAGAUGGCAACCUACAUCUGCGGCAUAAACCCCGCGGGUGCCGCCCAUCGCGCCCGACAGCUCGAAGUUGGCGACGAAAUCCUUGAAGUCAACGGAAUCGUGUUAUACGGACGAUGUCACCUCAACGCGUCCGCCAUGAUCAAAUCAUUGCCACAUAAUCACGUCAAAAUUAUUGCCAUCAGAAAGUCAGAUGGUUUAAACGACUUGUCGGUGAAGCCAAUCGUGCAAUUUCCCGUAUCUCUAAUGCAACGCGAGAGUCCUGAGGAGAAAUAUGCGAGUUAUAAAGGAUUGAGGGUCGUUACGUUGAAAAAGAGUGGGACUGGUCUGGGUGUGAUGAUCAUGGAGGGUCGUCACGCCGAAUUGGGUCAAGGGAUUUUCAUCUCGGACAUCCAGGAUGGUUCGCCUGCCGAACAGGCCGGCCUCUUCGUGGGCGACAUGAUCCUUGCGGUCAAUUCGGAAGACAUGGUGGGCUCUGAUUAUGAACAUGCUGCCAACACGUUGAAGAAAACCGAGGGGAAUGUCAUCCUCGUCGUGUGCAACGCGUCGAAGGGGAAGGACGAGGAACAGGCUUUGCUGCCCGUCGUGACGGUGAAAGAGGUUCGGAAAACGUCCCUGCCCGGCCUCCUCCAAGCCAUCGUCGGCCACGACAGCGGAAAAGAUAAAGACGUCGACGGCAAGGGUGGCAAAGAUGUCGACAAACCCAAACUUCCCCCGAAACCUUCAAAAAUUCCGUCGCCCUCAAAACUCAUCUCGUCCGUGUCUUCCGCGAUAUCUCAUCGAACCAAAAUCUCCGUCACGUCGCCGGUUGCGACCCCUGUGACGUCCUCUCAACCACCGAUGGUGACCAUCGUGUCGCCAACGUCCUCUUCUUGCUCCUCGUCAUCCGCCGCAGUGUCGAAAUUGGCGGCUCAUGGAAUCUCACCCGUCUCCCCGAAACAGUUGUCGCCCUCAAAUUCUCACACGGCCCUGGCCCCCACGACGACCACGCCAUCCGUUUCGACAUCGCCGACGCCCUCCGUUUCCACGAAACCGGCGACACCGUCGCCCAGACCGUCACCCAUCCCACCGUCGGCCUCGCACAAAAUGACGCUGCAUGUCCACGGCAAGCCGGUGACGGAUCCGCUCCUCGACCCAAUUUCGUGUCCGAUCAAUCCCGGCAAGGAAACCACAAUUGAAAUCAAUAAGGAUAAGAUGGGGUUAGGAUUGAGUAUCGUGGGUGGGAGUGAUACGCUUCUGGGCUCCAUCAUUAUCCACGAAGUUUACGCUGACGGAGCCGCAUCGAAAGAUGGCCGACUAAAACCAGGCGAUCAACUCCUUUCCGUAAAUCAUGAAGAUUUCCAAAACAUUUCCCACUCCAAAGCCUUAGCUGCCUUGCGCCAAACGCCGAAUAAAGUGCGGAUGGUGGUCUAUCGAGACGAAUCUGCUACCAGGGAGGACGACAUGUACGACCUGAUUGAUGUCGAACUGGUGAAAAAAUCGGGAAAAGGCCUCGGUCUCUCCAUCGUGGGGAGAAAGAACGGUUCCGGCGUCUUCAUAUCAGACGUCGUCCCCGGUGGCAUUGCGGAACUACAUGGCGGUCUCAUGAAGGGCGACAUGAUCAUCACAGUGGAUGGAAAAGAUCUCAAAAAUGCGACACAGGAGGAGGCCGCAUCCAUCCUCAAAACCGCGAUAGGACCGAUCCGAAUGAAAAUUGGGCGUUUAAAAGCUGCCGCGUCGCGCAGAUCGGCCGCCUCAACGCCGGUCACGGUACCUGCCACUCCCACUUCGGACAAUAAACAAAUGGUGGACGAAGACGACGACCCAUUCGACACUGAGGAGGAGAUUGAACCCGAAAUAAUAAUUGAUACGACAAGCACCACUACGACCACGACCACGAAUGGCAGCAAAAAUAAUAAUAAUAAAAGUAACGGUAACGGUACGACCACCGCCUCCACAACGACGAGAAGCAGUAAUAAUAGCGCCACAUCGUCAACCUCAUCCACCACGUCCUCCAACCCUCCCAGUCUAACCGGAAGUCCGCCACAGGUCAAGAAUAUCACCCUCAUCAGAGGCCAGGACGGACUGGGAUUCUCAAUCGUGGGAGGCUAUGGAUCACCACACGGCAAUCUCCCGAUUUAUGUUAAGACCGUAUUCUCCAAAGGGGCCGGACUUGUGGCCGGGUUGAAGCGUGGGGAUCAAAUAAUCGCCGUAAAUUCCAUCCCUUGCGAAGGUCUGACGCAUCAUGAGGCGGUCUCGCUGCUAAAAAGUGUGAAAAGGGGGAACGUUCGUCUCACCAUUUUGUCCUAGAUAAUGGAAAUCAAUCUCUAAGAUCCAAGACAAAAAAAGAAGUCUCAUUAUUGUCCUGGAUCGAUAUUAUCGAUAAUCAAUCAAUUAAUCACUAUACAUACAAAUCAUCAUCAUCGUUAUACAGAAAAGCAAACUCAACCACCACAAUUUUUGGGAAAAACCUGAAAUUCUUAUCUUAUUCUCCUGUACUUUUUAUACACAUGAAAACUAUUCACCUUCUUUAUAUCUGUCUAGUAAUAGGAGAUAAGGAGCAAGAGAAAAUAACAUAAUUUACAAUUUCACACCAUAAAUAAUUAAAUAAUUUAUGAAUAAUUUAUGGUAAAAGAAAACGACUCAAAGACGAAUUUAGUAAUGUUUUCGAUACACUUAGUCUAAAAAGAUGUAUGAAAUUUGACGAAUGUGAAGAUCAAAAUGUUGAAUUUCAAGUAAUUUCAACCAGUGUUAAUUUAUUCGGCAUGAAUUUCGAAAAUCCAUUUUGAAAAUUUAAUUUCGUAUAUAAUUCUCAACGAUUCCAAUCAUCAUUAAGUAUUUGUUUGCAUAUUCCUAUAUAAUUUCAGUAUUAAAGUGUUAAUUUAUUUGCACAAUUAAUUAAUUAUGCAUUUCCUUCAUUUCAUGUGAUCCAUUUAAGUAUAAUUUAUGAGUCAUUUUGUAAUUAUUAUCGUUUGAACUUUCUUCCCUAUUAAACUGUCAAUAAUAAUUAGACAAUUAAUUAAUGUAAUAAUUAAAUUUUUACCUUCCUCCUUCGACUUCUUUAAUAUUUGCACUAUUUAUAACGCAAACUAUUAAAUAUACCAUACCACACACCCACCGAAACCAGAUCCUGAAUAUAUAAUUUUUUCACUAAUAAUAUUUUUGUUUAAAUUAUAAUAUAUUUUUUCGAUUUCAUAAAUCCUCCCCAUUUUUCAGGGACCAAAACUAUCUAUGUACUGAAUAAUUUUGUUCUGUUGUCUUUAAGAUAAAACUUUUGUAACGAUUUGUUAUCUUAUUAAAAGGUGAAAGAUUAGGCGAGCAUUUAAAUUAAUAUUUAAAUCCCAGUGAAUUAAUUAUGCAAUUAAAUUAAAACAAUAUGCCAUAAAAUGCAAUGCAAAAGCUGUUAUUGAACUGUAAAGGUACUACUUCGCAGAAACCUGUUAAGAAAUGCAAAUCAUCAAGUUAACCUUUUUCGUGUUUAUAAAUGUUAUGAUUGUCACAAUUAAUUAAUACAAACACAAAACCAAGCUAUAUCAUCAAUCAAUCAGAUAUACAUUUACAAAUUACUAAUACCUAUGUGUGCAUGUUGAUCAAUCAGUAAUAAAAUUUAUGUAAGAAAGUAAA